CUCGUCGACUCCCCCGCCCUCCACCAACAUACCGAGACUUGACAUUCAGCUUGUAGAGUCAGCUCCGCCGGGCUGUGGGCUGUCUACCUUCCAUAAAAGCCUGGCGCCGAUCCUUUCUAUGCUAGCCAGAACUGCCCCGGACACGUUGACUGCCAUUCCUUAGCAAUUGAAGUGGAGAACAAUGCCGCGGCCAAAGAAAGCCGGAGCUGGCGAACCGAAGAAACGGUCCCGGAACGGCUGUUGGCCAUGUAAAGCGCGUAAGGUCAAAUGUGGCGAAGAGAAGCCGCGAUGCGCCAACUGCGAGCGCCAGGGCGAAUCCUGCGACUACAGCAUCAGACUCAAUUGGGGAGGGCGUACAAAGCGAGAUCCUGCUAGACCGGCCUCUAAUUCGGGAGCUUCGAGUACCUCAGGCAGUCCGCACAUGUCCACGUUCUCGUUCGAAGACGAUGCGUCCCCACUCUUUCCCCCGGAAACGCCUAUGCCCCAGAGCAGCUUUACGCACCAUGCGCGAUCCCGGUCCACUCUAUCGCCACCUACUUCUGAUCCCAAUAUGGUUGAUCCGGAGCUGGUACGCAUCAGUCAGGCGCAGUCACAAUCGAUGAUGGCUAUUGGAGGACCAUUUGACAGCUUCCAACAGCAAGACCUGAGGAGACAACCCACAUCGGCUCCCAUCGAUGCCCGAAUGCAAAAUGCACAAUAUUGCAACAGCUUCGAGUACCCUUCCCCCGCCGCAUCAAGCUUCGAGAGCCUCAACUAUAGCAAUGCCGGAUACGCGCCAGUCAAUGCAGACUCCCCCCUCUCCCCUCCAAUGCCUCCGCCUGUGCGCAGCAGCGCAUACCCAACACCGAACAGUCGGCAAUAUGCGGAGUCUGUAGACUCAAUGUCCCUUCAUCAUACGCGUAGCUAUUCUGCGGAAUCCCCAUCUACUUCAGAUGCAUACUCUCCACAGACAGGUCCGCCUACUCCCUACAGCCCCUUCAUGGCGAUGCCGCUGACACCAAACUCGUCAGCUGGCUCGGACGACCCCGCCGUGCGGACUGCAUCCAAAGCAUCAAACACGGGGUAUACUCCUUCGGAUCUGCGCCGGCUGUCCGUACAAUCCUUGCUCACUGGACCACCUGGCGAUAGCCCUCAGCACGGUCGGCAGUACCCAAUUAUUGAUGCGGCUUCGACAACGUACGGCUACGAUCUGGGGUUACCUGAUCUCGAUCUCCCUCGAAAUGAUGACAUACACGCCAUCGCGAUUUUCAGUCCCCCGAGCGGCACCAUAGGCUUCGAUGAGGACACUCCCUACGGCAGCGCCGAACAGCGCGCCAAAGACAUGGCCUUUGAGAAAGGGGGUUACUACGCCAAACCGGUACCGAUCAAGAUCUCAAAACACCUCGAGCCAUUGCCGCCGUUAUUGCUUGAGAACCCCAUGAACCUCCUCUACUUCCACCACUUUCUCAAUCACACUGCACGCAUUCUGGUUCCCCACGAUUGCGAACAGAAUCCCUUUCGCCAGAUCCUUCCAGAAAUGGCCGUCCGCGACGAGAACAUUAUGAACCUCCUGCUGGCUUACAGUGCCUCCCACCGCGCCCGUAUGCUCAGCCACCGCGAACCCUCCAACCGCAUCGCCCUCUGGGUCCGCGACGUCUUUCCCAAGCUUCGCCACUCGCUCUCGACCGCAACGUCCCCCUCUUCCAUAACAAACAGCACGCUCGCGCCCGCCAUCAUGAUGGCCUCCCUCGAGAUCAUAUCCCCAAAUACCUUCGAAGUCCCAAUCAGCUGGCAGAACCACCUCACCAUCGCGCGGCAAAUGAUCAUUGCGCGAGGCGGACCGCGGAGCAUGGACAGGGGCGACCGGGCAGCAUACUUCUUGAGCAGGUGGUUUGCUUACCUCGACGUGCUAGGCAGCCUGAGCGGAAACAAGAACGACCAGCCCCUAGGCUCCUUCUACUGGUCCUCUGAAAACGCCUCCGCCGACGAAGACUUCCAGAUCGACUGCCUCAUGGGCUUCACCAACCGCUGCGUCGGCAGCCUCGCCCGCAUCGCAGAACUCGCCAAGCAAGUUGAGCCGUUCCGAAUCGACGCUGACGGCAAUAUCCGCGACGACUUCCGGCCUUCGCCCGAGAUCGUACGCCAGGCCCAGCUCAUACGGCGCGAGCUGGAGGAGGGACUGUCCGGCGGCGUGGGCUACAAGGGCUGCAACCACCGCUCGUCGGCGUCCAGCGAGAGCGAGGGCGCUUGGGACGCCACUGAGAUCUACGCCACGAACGAGAUGUUCCACUGGGCGGGGCUCAUCCACCUCUUCCGCCGCGUCUUCAACUACCCUUCCGCCGCGCCAGAAGUCCAGCACGCGGUCCGCGAGAUCAUCGGGCUUCUGUACAAGGUCCGGAGAGGCAGUACCGCGGAGGCGUGCCUGUUGUUCCCUAUGUUCGCCGCGGGCUGUGAUGCGCGGGAUGAGGGCCAGAAGGAUAAGAUCAUGGAGAGGCUGCGGUGCGUGGAGGGCUUUGGCAUGACGCAGGUUAAGAAGGCGAGGGGCCUCAUGCAGAGGGUGUGGGAUACGGGGAAGCCGUGGGAGAGCCUGGUCGAGGGCGAGUUCUUUGGCUGAGAGGGGCGGGCUCUUGGAUAGAAAGAUUCACGCGUCAGCGGAAAGCAGCUGGGGCUGUCGAGCUUUACUAGCUACUUCUUGGGAUUUCGCGUUGGCCCGCUCAAGGAGACGGGUACGGACGCUGGCAAACAGGCCUGUAUCACGGUCUUGCGGAAGUGGUCCUCCCAGCUUGGGAUCGCAGUACGCCGUGCCAGCAUGUCAGGUCUUGCCGAAGCGACCCGCCGAGACGGUUUUCGCGUUCGGUCUCACACGGCGAUGAGGCGAGAAACCAUAUUUGGGUGCCUUGGUGCUCCGCCACCAACGGCAUGAACACCAGCCCGCAGCUCUCUCAUGCUCUCGGUACCAACGAUGCGGAUAGAGGAUAUACCAACCUGAAGCUCUUUAACAUGGGCAGAGUCAGAUUGAAAGGAAAGGAAAGAAGAUGACUCGAGAAUGUAGAAU